AUCUUGUACCAGAAGAUACUUUCCAUAUAUGGCAAUGUAGCUCUGCCAACUAGCCCAAGUAUUAUAUAUAGUAUAUAGUUUAUAGUUUUGGGUACAGAUGUUUCUAACCGGUGUCUGUGGUUAUCAUAUUUUUCACAGAGGGAGACAGUGAAUGGAAUACUCUGAGCUCUCUGUAAGCAGUAAUCUCCACACGCUCCUGCUGCCUCACAGCUCCCUGCACUGCCAAAGCACAUCUCUCUCUCCCCUCGGCUCCACUCUCUCCCCAGUGAGGAUGACAUCCCCGAAUUUGAUGAACCAGCGAAGCUCUGAUUCUGGCUGGUGGCUUCCGAGGGAGACCCCUCAUGAACGGGCUUUUUGGACGAGGUGGUGCUGCGUCUAAGGAGCUUCAUCAGCUGUAUCAAUCUUUCAAUUUGCGACUACAUCCAUCAACUCUUCGAAUCAGACCAUCUUCAUUGAAAAAACUACAUUAAACUCAUAACAGCCAGAACUGCCGGACACAUGUCACAGGUUGAGCAGGAAAUCUCACACGUCCAGAGGAAGAUGUCUGACCUCGAGUCAGUGCUGCAGCAGAAGGAUAUAGAGUUGAAGGCCUCAGAGACCCAGAGGACAAUCCUGGAACAGGACUUGGCAACCUACGUCACAGAAUGUAGUAGUCUAAAGCGCAGCUUGGAGCAGGCUCGAAUGGAGGUGUCACAGGAGGACGAUAAGGCCCUUCAGCUCCUCCAUGACAUCAGGGAACAAAGCAACAAGCUACAAGAGAUCAAAGAACAGGAAUAUCAUGCUCAGUUGGAAGAGAUGCGAGUUUCCAUCCGACAGCUGGAGGAGGAUCUGUCUGCUGCUCGUCGCCGGAGUGACCUGUAUGAGUCUGAGCUUAAAGAGUCUCGUCAGACCAGCGAGGAGCUGAAGAGGAAGGCUGCAGACUACCAGCACAGGAUACAGAAGGCCAAAGAGCAAGGCAAAGCAGAGGCAGAUGACGUGAUGAUCAAGAUGGAGAAGGCCAACUCUGAGCAGCAGAUAAGGAUCCAAGAUCUUCAAGAGAAGCUUGCCAAGUCAUUAAAGGCCAGUGCUGAUGCCACAGACCUCCUUCAAACCAUGAAAAUGGCCAAAGAGCGCUUGGAACGAGACUUUGAGAGGCUUCAGCACAAGGAGGACUCCAGUGACAGCCUGCGUAGACGCCUUCGUGAGACUGAGGAUGGUAGGAAGACUCUGGAGAACCAGGUGAAAAGGCUUGAGAUUGUCGAGCGCCGGGAGACUAAACUGAAGGAUGAGAUCCAGAGCAAAGGGCAGCAGAUUCAGCAGAUGUCAGAAAAGAUCCUGGAGCUGGAGGAGAAUCUGAGAGAGACUCACUCGACAGCCCAGCGGUUGGAGACUCAUCUGAAACAGAAAGAGAAGCUCUAUGAAGAUAAGAUAAAGGUAUUGGAGGCCCAGAUGAAGGCGGACAUGGCUGAUAAGGAGAUGCUGGAGUCCAGUCAGUGCAAGUAUGAGGAGGAGGUGCAGGAGAAGUGCGGCAUCAUCAGUGAACAGAAGGCGACAAUAAACGCUAUGGACUCCAAGAUGAACAGCCUGGAGCAGAGAAUUUCUGAGCUGUCUGAGGCCAACAAACUGGCAGCCAACAGCAGCAUCUACACCCAAAAAAACAUGAAAGCCCAAGAGGAGAUGAUCUCAGAGCUUCGCCAGCAGAAGUUCUACUUGGAGUCUCAGGCUGGGAAGCUGGAGGCCCAGAAUGCCAAACUAGAGGAGCAUCUAGAGAAAAUGAGUCAGCAGGAGCAGAGCAGUAAGGGCCGUGUGGGAGAGCUGGAAACAAAGCUCCGAGAGAUUGGGCUGGAGCAUGAGGAGCAAAAGCUGGAGAUCAAGCGUCAAGUGACAGAGCUGACCCUCUCACUGCAGGAGCGCGAAUCACAGAUCAGCAACCUGCAGGCAGCUCGCCAUGCUCUGGAGGGCCAACUACAGCAGGCGAAGUCUGAGCUUGAGGACACCACUGCCGAGGCUGAGGAGGAGAUCACUGUCCUCAGAGCACACAGAGAUGAAAUCCAACGCAAGUAUGAUGCCUUGAGAGACAGCUGCGCGGUGAUCACAGAUCUCGAGGAGCAGCUGACCGCGCUGACUCAGGAGAAUGCCGAGCUGAACCGUCAGAACUUCUACCUGUCCAAGCAGCUUGAUGAAGCCUCAGACGAGAGAGAGGACCGGCUGCAGCUCAGUCAGGAUGUAGACCGGCUGCGUCGGGAGGUGGCAGACCGUGAAAUGCACCUGAACAACCAGAAACAGAACCUGGAGACGCUGAAGACAACAUGUACAAUGCUGGAGGAGCAGGUUUUGGAGCUGGAGACCCUUAAUGAUGAGUUACUGGAGAAGGAAAGACAGUGGGAGGCCUGGAGGGCAACACUAGAGGAGGAGAAGAACCAGGCUGAGAGGAGGACCAGGGAUAUACAGAGACUACUGGACACAGAGAAACAAAACAGACUACGUUCAGAGCAGCGAUGCUCAGAGUCUCGCCAGGCCGUGGAACUAGCAGUCAAGGAGCACAAAGCUGAGAUCCUUGCUCUGCAGCAGGCUCUCAAAGACCAGAAACUCAAAGCUGAGAGCCUUGCUGAUACUCUGAAUGAUCUGGAGAAGAAGCAUGCCAUGCUGGAGAUGAACGCCCGCAGUUUGCAGCAAAAAUUGGAGAGCGAGAGGGAUCUGAAGCAGAGGCUGCUAGAAGAGCAAGAGAAGCUGCAGCAGCAAAUGGACGCACAGAAGACACACAUCUUCCGCCUGACACAGGGACUGCAGGAUGCUCUUGAUCAGACCGACCUGCUGAAGACUGAGAGGACUGACCUGGAGUACCAGCUGGAGAACAUCCAGGCUGUGUACUCUCAUGAGAAGGUGAAAAUGGAGGGGACCAUCACCCAGCAGACCAAGCUCAUAGAUUUCCUUCAGGCGCAGGCCCAUGGUGGCUCCAAGAAGAAAAAGGGUCUGUUUGGGCGACGCCGAGAGGAUCUCCUGGCUGCCAUGGCCGCUCAGGCCCAGGCUCAAGGUCAGAGCCAGAGCCCGGUUUCUCCUGUGCCCCCCAUCCAGCCGGUGCCUCUGCAGUAUAGUGACAUGAAGGUAGCUCUGGAUAAAGAGCGCUCACGCAGCUCUGAGCUGGAAGAAGCUCUCCAGAAAAUGAGAGUGGAGCUGCGAUCUUUGAGAGAGGAAGCGCUCCAGUAUAAGGAUCAUGGUAACUCUACCAACCCAGCUGCAGCACGAAAGCAGAUGGUCAUGUCUGCCAUGGUCAAGUCUCCUGAGCACCAGCAGGGCCCGACCAGUCUGGCACCCUCCAACUCUGGACGCAGGAAGGAGACUGCAACACCUGAGGAGAGAAGGAGGGUCACUUUUGAAAAGUAUAGCCGUCGUUUGAAGGACAGUCAGAGAGACAGAGAGAGGGAGAGAGAGAGGGUGGUGCACCACAACACUGCUCACCGCUUCACAGUGGGACUCAACAUGAGAGCUGCCAAGUGUACUGUGUGCCUGGAUACUGUGCACUUUGGUCGCCAAGCUGCUACCUGUCUCGAAUGUCACGCUUUGUGCCACCCAAAAUGCUCCCCCUGCCUUCCAGCCACGUGUGGCAUGUCCAGCGACUGCUCCCUGCAUCUGUCUGACGGCCUGUGUCGGGACAAAGGCAGCUCCCCAGCACAGCAGCUCAAAGAGGCCGGUGGCCACAUGCAUCUGGAGGGCUGGAUGAAACAGCCCAGGAAUGGGAAGCGAGGUCAGGGCUGGGAAAGGAAAUAUGUGGUUCUGGAUGGGACUAAAGUGUCCAUCUACGAGAUCGAGCCCAGAGAAGACUCGGUGAAGCCACUGGAGGAGUUUGACCUGUGUUUGUCAGAUGGAGAGGUGGUUGUUCAUGGAGCUGUGGGGGCCUCUGAGCUACCCAACACUGCCAAGUCAGAUGUUCCCUACGUCCUAAAGCUGGAGUCCCGUUGUCACACCCCCUGCUGGCCUGGACAGGGGAUCUACUUCAUGGCUCCCAGCUUCCCAGACAAACAGCGCUGGGUGGCCGUCAUGGAGUCCGUGGUUGCUGCGGGGCGAGCCUCACGGGAGAAAGCCGAGGCUGACGCAGCUGCUGUGUCCAAAAGACAAAUGGUUCUGUCUCCUCUGGUUCAGAAGCUGCUGGGAAACUCUCUUCUGAAACUGGAGGGAGAUGACAGGCUGGAUAUCAACUGCACCCUCCCGCUCACAGAUCAGAUAGUGCUGGUCGGUUCUGAGGAGGGUCUCUACGCCCUUAACGUCAUCAAGAACUCUCUCACCCACAUCCCCGGCCUGGGCUCAGUCUUUCAGAUCCAUAUCAUCAAAGAGCAGGAGAAGCUGCUGAUGAUUGUUGGGGAUGAAAGGGCGUUGUGUCUGGUUGAGAUUAAAAGAGUGAAACAGUCUCUCGCUCAGUCUCAUCUACCCAGCCAGUCUGAACUGGCCCCGUACAUCUUUGAGACCGUGAAAGGCUGCCAUCUGUUCUCUGCUGGAAGAGUGGAUAACGGGCCGUGUAUAUGUGCUGCAAUGCCCAACAAGAUAACCAUUCUGCGUUACAACGAUAAUCUCAACAAAUACUGCAUCCGUAAGGAGAUUGAGACUCCGGAGCCCUGCAGCUGCGUCCACCUGACCAGCUACAGCAUCAUCAUCGGCACCAACACGUUCUACGAGAUCGAGAUGAAGCAGUUUGUGCUCGAGGAGUUCUUGGACAAGAACGACAUGUCCCUGGCUUCGGCGGUGUUUGCAGCCUCGUCCCACAGUUUCCCCAUCGCCAUCAUGCAGGUGGCCAGCAGCUUGCAGAAGGAGGAGUAUCUGCUGUGCUUUCAUGAGUUUGGAGUGUUUGUGGACAUGUAUGGACGGAGGAGCCGCACAGACGACAUCAAGUGGAGCCGUCUGCCUCUCUCCUUUGCCUACAGGGAGCCCUACCUGUUUGUCACCUACUUCAACUCCCUGGAUGUGAUUGAGGUUCAGGGUCAUGCUUCUCUCUGUCCUACAGUGCUGGCCCACCUGGACAUCCCCAACCCUCGCUACCUGGGCCCAGCCAUCUCCUCAGGAGCCAUCUACUUGGCCUCCUCAUAUCAGAACAAACUGCGGGUCAUCUGCUGUAAGGGGAGUCUGAUUAGAGAGUCUGGAGAGCUGCAGAGGACCGGCUCCAGCAGAGGUAGUCCAAGUAAGCGAGGUCCGCCCACAUACACAGAGCACAUUACCAAGCGUUUGACCUCGGGCCCCGGCAGCCAUGACGGCCUGCACCGGGAGCCAAGCACUCCACAUCGUUACCGUGAGGGCCGCACCGAGUUCAGACGGGACAAGUCACCUGCCCGACCCCUGGACAGGGAGAAGUCACCGGGCAGGGUGCUAGACAGCCGCAGGGAGAGGUCUCCUGGGAGAUUUGGGGACAGCUCCAGACUUCACGCUGGAUCUGUCCGAACGCAACUUGCCCCUGUUAACAAGGUGUGGGAUCAGUCUUCGGUUUGAGUCCAGGUCCAGGCCGCUCCUGAUUGGAGGUUGAAGAGAACCUUUGAGAAUUCCUUGAUCCACUCUGAGUGCAAGCACACACACAUGCACACGCACACACACACACACAUCCCGAGUCCGUCAGCCCCAUUGCCUGUAUAUAAUCCAGUCUCACAGUAGUUCCUCGUUCAUAAACCUGCACUGGGAGACGUCUCCUGUGACAAUCCACUUCUCUGACUUGUGCUUUCAUGGGAGCGAUCCCACAGUAGAUAUGGUGGCAGGGAACCUUUGCUGAUCAACAGAUCAAUAGAGUCUACUUUAUAAGAUAUAAAAGAGAUGUAUAUAUUGCUGUCUGAGUUUUUAUAGAUAAAGGGAAUAGUCGGCUGGUGGAGCCAUGUCUAUUUUUUUAAAAAUGAGUUUCUAAAGAAGUUGCAGGGAGAUUCUUGAUGGCGUUGGUUAAAGAAAAAUAAUAUCAACACUUCACUCGAAUCUGAUCUAAUCAUAGGAGGUUUCUUCUCUGUGCAGAGGAUCAAACAGACUCUUAAAUAUGAUGAGGAAAGAGGUCUGAGACGGCAACACUUUGCACAUGAGAUUGGACUUGAACAGGAGUUAAAAACACGACCUUGUUAUACAACCAGUCUUCUUUCUUUGGAUCAAAUCUGUGGUCCUCUUGACUUUAAAGCCUUUGAUAAAUAACUGCAUUUGAUUGCUUUCUUGACAGUUGUCGUCUGGACAUAGUUUGUAAAACAAUUAAGCAAUGUUUAGCUCCGAGUGUUCCUUGUGUUGUUUUAAGCAAACUAAAGAUCAAGAAACACGCAGCUCUGCUUCUGAUGCUGGACGUUGUGCGGUCAGGCUGGCUGACUCUGCUUCAGCUUGCUCUUAGUCCGCUGCCACUGCUGCUGCUGCUGCUGCUGCUAAUUAUGGUACAGGUGUCCCGUUCCCGUGCAGUGAUUAUGAAGUCUAGUAGCCGUCAGGGGUUGUUAUUUUCUAAUAUUGUUUCUGUAGAGCCAGUAAGACCACCACCAUUCGUCACAGCAACGAGCAUGACUAACUUAGAGCAGCACUUGUCACUUCUGGAUCUUGAUUCUCUCUAUUGGUUGUUCUUUUCUGUCAUGUAUUCACUUGAAUUUGCAUUCAAUAAGUAGACAUUGAUGUAAGACAGUGGUUUAAGAUUUUCUUGAUUUUCAGGGCUGUAUCACAGUCCAUGCAUUAAACAUGAUUAACGUGUC